AUGGCCGACGCGGAGCGCUUUGCGUUCAUGAACGACCCGACCGGCGACCGCAGCGCACGUAUUGCAGCGACUCGCAGUGCGCUGCGUCCCCUCAGCAGGUGCGGUGAUCGCGUGGUGUUGUACUUACCGUUUCUCUGCAGCCGCCACGUCGACACCGUACGCGCGUCCCUUCCCGUGGAGCUGCAGGCGCUCGAGAAGACAGCAGUGCUCGAGAUCGAAAGUCCAUUAGCACGCAAUGCGCUGAGUGGGAAGAUGAUGGUAGAGCUGGCGGACAUAGUGGAGCUGCUGGAGGACCCGGAGGUGCACGACAAGCUGACCGCAGUGCUAGUCAGGGGCACGAACGGCUGGUUCUGUGCUGGAGCCGACUUGAAAGUCGCCCAGCAAGCGAUGACAGCACCAGAAGCAGGGGAUGCGAUGGGUCAGCUCAUGACGGACACGCUCUCGAGGUUCCGACGGCUGCCGCUCGUCAGUAUUGCGUGCAUUGAAGGGGGCGCGUAUGGCGGCGGCGCUGAACUCGCUUGUGCGUGUGACUUUCGGCUUGUGGAGAAGAACGCUGUGAUCCAGUUUGUGCAAGUGCGCAUAGGCGUAUCGCCCGCGUGGGGUGGCGGUGUGUGGCUGUACAAAAUCGUUGGACGACAAGCUGCAUUGCGAUUGUUGUGUACAGCUGAGAAGCUGUCGGCGCCACGCGCGCAAGAGCUCAAGCUAGCAGACUUUGUUUUCGACGCAGCACUUGACGGCGCAGAGGCAGCAAUACGCAGCUUUUUAACGCCGUUUGAUGCAGUCGCGCCAGCGGUUUCACACGGUGCGAAACGGGUCAUUGAUAGUGCUGAUGACGUGGGUGUGGAUGCGGUGCUUUCGCGUGAGCACGACAUAUUCAAGUCGCUCUGGGGAGGUCCAAUCAACCUUGAGGCACUACAUGGUGCUCUGAAGAGUAAGGAAAAGUAA